AUUUCAAAUCGAUUCACACACAUAGCAGACGCUAACACAUCAAGCGUCAUCAAUAGCGUGGUCUAUGGUGCAAUGCUAUCACUGGAGUAAGGCGUUUAUCUUCUAUUCGGGUAGCGUCAUGAUUGGCCUACCCUGAUGGCGUCAUGAUCGCUGCUGAUUGCCUUUCAAAUAGGUUUUCAGCAUUCUGCUUACACCUUUGGCAUAGAGUCACAUAUUUCACAAUCCAACAUCAAUUGGUACCAACAGCAGCCCUUCUCUCCAUCAUCCAGAAGGGUCUGAGAUCAGUGUUGGAGAUGAUGGUUCGGAACAACCCAUGGAAAGCUUAUCACUCAUUGAUGCUGUGAUGCCUGAUGUUGUUGCAAGUCGUCAACAGCAAACACAGAACAAACAGAAACCACAAGUGGUAAAGACAGAACCACCAAAUUCCAAUGGAGAUGAACCCAUGCAUUCCAAUCGCUGGGAAGAGGAAACAGGAGUAGAGAUACCUGCCAGCAAAUCAACUGUACUUCGUGGCCAUGAAUCUGAAGCGAGCAGGCUGAGUCUUGAGACACUGGCAACAGAAGUUCGAGAAUGGAAAUCACAGAUUGAUGACCUUCAGAAGGAAUUGUUAGUUGCAGAUCCCGAUCUUAUCGAUUUUAUGAAAGGAUUUCUAGUUGAAGCAAAGGAGAAAGUGUUGGCAAUGCAGAAUGCAUUCAUGGAACAAUUAAUCAUUUAAUUCAACAAUUCCAACGUAAUACGAAGGAAACCUGAUUUAUGGCUUAUUUAAUAGCUUAGCUUAUCGUCGUUAGUAAAUUGCAUCGUAACGAAUUAAUUUUUUGGUAGCUUCUUGAUUGUUUAAACGAAGUACAAGGUUACAAUCAAUGCAUUAUAGUAGCGUUGUAUAAUGUACAAUCCACUUAAUGGCCACUGAAUGAGAUGGAAUAUUGGAAUGUUAAACUUUA